CGGGGGAGGCGGCGGCGGCGGCAGCGGUCCCCGGCUCUGCGCGCCCAAGAGUUUGCGGCUCGAUCGGCGGGCUUUCCCGCAGGACCCGAGGGACCCGCGCAGCGGCUGCGGAGCACCGAGACCCCGGCGGCAGCGGCGGGAGCAGCGCCUCCCGCCGCCGCCCGGGAGAAGCUCCCCGAGCCUGCCUGCCGCCCCGGCUCCCAGCGGCGGCGGGAGGCACGUCUCCCCAGCACAGUCAGUGCCCGGCCUGGCGGGGCCGCCCCGGCCCGCUUGGAGGCAAAACUGCAUAGAAAAUCUAAUGGAUGAAGAUGAGAAGGACAGAGCAAAGAGAGCCUCUCGAAAUAAGUCUGAGAAGAAGCGCCGGGACCAGUUCAAUGUUCUCAUCAAAGAGCUCAGCUCCAUGCUCCCGGGCAACACUCGGAAAAUGGACAAAACGACCGUGCUGGAGAAGGUCAUCGGAUUCUUGCAGAAACACAAUGAAGUCUCAGCACAAACAGAAAUCUGUGACAUCCAGCAAGACUGGAAGCCUUCAUUCCUCAGUAACGAAGAGUUCACUCAGCUGAUGCUGGAGGCAUUAGAUGGCUUCAUCAUCGCCGUGACAACAGACGGCAGCAUCAUCUAUGUUUCUGACAGCAUCACGCCUCUCCUUGGGCAUUUACCGUCGGAUGUCAUGGAUCAGAACUUGUUAAAUUUCCUUCCAGAACAAGAACAUUCCGAAGUUUAUAAACUACUUUCCUCCCAUAUGCUCGUGACGGAUUCCCCCUCCCCAGAAUUCCUAAAAUCUGACAACGAUUUAGAGUUUUAUUGCCAUCUUCUCAGAGGCAGCUUGAACCCAAAGGAAUUUCCAACUUAUGAAUACAUAAAAUUUGUAGGAAAUUUUCGCUCUUACAACAAUGUGCCUAGCCCCUCCUGUAAUGGCUUUGACAACACCCUUUCAAGACCCUGCCGUGUGCCUCUAGGAAAGGAGGCCUGCUUCAUUGCCACCGUGCGUCUGGCAACACCACAGUUCUUAAAGGAAAUGUGUGUAGCUGACGAACCUUUAGAGGAAUUCACUUCGAGGCAUAGCUUGGAAUGGAAAUUUUUAUUUCUGGAUCACAGAGCCCCUCCAAUCAUAGGGUACCUGCCCUUCGAAGUCCUCGGCACCUCGGGCUAUGACUACUACCACAUUGAUGACCUGGAGCUCCUGGCCAGGUGCCACCAGCACCUGAUGCAGUUCGGCAAAGGGAAGUCAUGCUGUUACCGGUUUCUGACCAAAGGGCAGCAGUGGAUUUGGUUGCAGACCCAGUACUACAUCACCUACCACCAAUGGAACUCCAAACCCGAGUUCAUCGUGUGCACGCACUCGGUGGUCAGUUAUGCAGACGUCCGGGUGGAAAGGAGACAGGAGCUGGCCGUGGAAGGCCCACCAACAGAGGCCAUGCACCCCUCUGCACUGAAGGAAAAGGACUCAAACCUGGAGCCUCAGCAGCACUUUAAUGCACUUGACAUGGGUGCCUCAGGUCUUACGAGCAGCCCUUCGCCAUCAGCGUCCUCAAGGAGUUCCCACAAGUCCUCGCGCACAGCCAUGUCAGAACCCGCCUCCACUCCAACCAAGCUCAUGGCUGAGACCAGCACUACAGUUUUACCAAGAUCGGCCACCCUACCCCAGGAGUCGCCAGUGCAGGGACUCAGCCAGGCAGCCACAAUGCCGCCUCCUCUGCCUUCCCCAUCAUCCUGUGACCUUGCAAAGCAGCUCCUGCCUCAGACCAUCUUGCAGAGCCCACCCGCUCCCAUGACACAGUUUCCAGCACAAUUCAGCAUGUUCCAGACCAUUAAGGACCAGCUGGAGCAGAGGACGCGCAUCCUGCAGGCCAACAUUCGGUGGCAACAAGAGGAGCUUCACAAGAUCCAGGAACAGCUCUGCCUGGUCCAGGACUCCAACGUCCAGAUGUUUCUGCAGCAGCCAGCUGUGUCCCUCAGCUUCAGCAGUGCCCAGCGACCACCAGCUCAGCAGCAGCUGCAGCAAAGGCUUCCUGCAGCGUCUCAGCCCCAGCUUGUGGCUGACACUCCACUGCCGGGCCAGAUCACAGCUACCCAAGCCACAAACCAGCACCUGCUCAGAGAAUCCAAUGUGAUAUCCGCCCCGGGCCCAAAGCCAAUGAGAAGCUCCCAGCUGCUGCCCACCAGCAGCCGGUCGGUGAGCAGCCUGCCGUCCCAGUUCAGCAGUGCAGCAGCCAUGCUCCCACCAGGCCUGAGCCUCACCACGCUCGCUCCCACCUCUCAGGAUGGCAGCCAGUGCCAGCCCAGCCCUGACUUUGGUCACGAUCGGCAGCUCAGGCUGCUGCUGAGCCAGCCCAUCCAGCCCAUGAUGCCUGAGUCCUGUGAUGCCAGACAGCCCUCAGAAGUCAGCAGGACCGGACGGCAAGUCAAGUAUGCCCAGAGCCAGGUGAUGUUUCCGACACCAGACUCACACCCGGCCAGUAGCACUGCCUCCACCCCUGUCCUGCUGAUGGGGCAGACAGUGCUCCAUCCCAGCUUCCCCACAUCCCAGCCAUCGCCACUGCAGCCAGCGCAGGCGCAGCAGCAGCAGCAGCCACCACCCUACCUGCAGGCCCCGACAUCUCUGCAUAGUGAGCAGCCGGACUCGCUCCUUCUCUCCUUCUCUCAGCAGCCGGGGACCCUGGGCUACGCAACCACCCAGCCCACACAGCCACAGCCCCCGCGCCCUUCCCGCAGGGUCAGCCGGUUGUCAGAGUCCUCAGGUCUCCAGCAGCCACAACGAUAGUG